UUUUUUUUUUUCGCGCAGCCUGGUUUCACGAGCCACGGUUCCCGGAAGUGCAGCUCUGUCCGUCUGUCAUGGGAUAACUCACACGAUAGUUUCGGGGGAUACCGUUUUCCUAACUUUCAUUGUUAUCGCCGAGGACGUACGGGCAACGUACCACGGGACAACAUGACGUUAUAACACGUUAUGAGCGGGUUUGGGUUUCGGAUCGACGUCGACUUUACUACAGUCGGUCGUUGUCGGCGUUUAACUUCCAGGCGUCUAGUUGGCGAUCUGACGGAAGACGUCCUUCUCUAAAAGAGCACACAUCCCGAGCUCCGGAACCCGCAUGGCGAGCCCUUUCAGCGUCGACUAGCCGAGUCCGAGCCGACUCCCCCGGGCUACUUUUCGUCGAAGUCCGUCCGGUGGUCUCGCGUAAAACCAAAACAAAAAAACGGGGACUUCCGACGUAGGAUGGCGACCGCGCCGGACUCGUACCAGAUGAGGUCGUCGGACCUCAUAAAGAAGGAGCCCAUGGACUACGGCGGCUUCGGCGAGGUGUACCUGUGCUACCACAAGACUCUGGGCCAGGUGGUGCUGAAGACGGUCUACACGGGCCCGUCCCGUAACGAGGGCAAUAAGAAGUCAUUGCUGGAGGAGGGGAGCUUAAUGACCAGACUGAAUCAUGAGCGGGUGGUGAGGCUGCUGGGUGUGAUCAUGGAAGAUGGAGACUACUCGCUGGUCAUGGAGCUCAUCCCGAAAGGCAACCUGCUGGCCAUGCUAGAACAGGUUCCUGUCCCAAUAUCCAUUAAGGGCAGAAUCAUUCUAGAGAUUACCGAAGGAAUGAUUUACCUGACAGAAAACCACAUCAUUCACAAGGACUUGAAACCUGAAAACAUUUUAGUGGACAAGGAUUUCCACAUUAAGAUUGCAGACCUUGGCUUGGCUACCUGUCAGACGUGGAGCAAACUCACAAAGGAGGAGUCUCGCAGGAAGAGCCGUAUGGGGCUGUCAGUUGGUGCUGGUGCAAGAGGCGCCGGCACGCUGAGCUACAUGGCCCCAGAACACCUAGAGAGCAUCCAUGCCCGCUCCACCGAGAGGUCUGAUGUUUACAGCUUUGCCAUCGUGAUUUGGGUCAUCCUCACAGGCCAGGAGCCCUAUGAAAAUGCCAGGAGUGAGGACCAUGUUUGCCAGCGUGUCCGUAAUGGUGACCGACCUUCAGAAGACCUCAUCCCAGCUGACACACCUGCAGAGAUGAUUCAGCUUAUGAAGAAGUGCUGGCAGCAUGACCCACAGCAACGGCCAACAUUUCAAGAGAGCUACGGCUUCUUCUUGCCUUUCUAUUUGAAACAGCUGGAACAGUAUGUAGAGAGAGACACGCUUCAGCUAAGGAACAUGUAUGAGGGACCGGUGGAGCUUGUUGAGAAGAUGAAAAGGCUGCCAGUGCCCUCCGAGUGUCUUUUAACAGAUAACCCGGCUCCUUUGUUAAGCUCAGAAAGAAUUCCGCCUGUUCCAGUGGAAGCCAGUAUUGAGGACCUGCAUUUGAUCCAGUUUGAGCAUCCCAAGGAGCCCUCCAUCCAGACAGAUGCCAAAGCUAUCAGUAGGGAAUCAGCCUUAGAGAACAAGCUGGCCCAGGAACUGCAGUACCACAAAGGUGGUAGUUAUACGUGUCCAGACCAAGCUAGCUCUGCCGGCCUCUGCUGUCCAAGCUAUGUGAGUCCUCACGCCCCACAGCUCCUCACCUCUACAGAUCACAUAGCUAGGCCGCUGGUCCAGGACAGACCCUCUCUCGUGUCCUCUGUGCAGUCCUGGACAAAAACUGAGCCAGUCCAGCCUGCCAGCCAGGAGGAUUCCUUGUAUCCCGCAUUUGGUCUGUAUGAGUCCAUGGCCUCCUCAGCAUCCAGAUCCUCUGAAGGUCACAUGUCCACGUCUUCCAGUUCCCCAACUCUUUCACUGCAUCCCCAGCAAUAUCAGUUUCCCCUGUGCGACCGCCAGCAGUCAUGGCCAUUUUGCCCGGUACCUGAUACAGCUGCCCCUGAUUUCACUGCUGGGCAUCGCUUGACGUCUUCCAAGACUGGAUCUCUACAAGAUACAGGAGGUCUUUUCAUUCAGAAUGCCAGUGGGAUCCAGAUAGGACACAACAACACACUAAGCAUCAGGAAUCCUGCCUCCCUUCAUAGCUUUUCAUCCUCUCCUCUAUGCAAUGGUGCCGCUAACUCGCUCCUCAAAGAAGACAUUCAUAAGUACGAGGACCAGGCGUUGACCGAGGAGCACCUGGAUCUGUUGAGGGACAACAUUGGGUCCAACUGGAAGCGUUGUGCGCGGCGCCUGGGUCUGACCGACGUGGAAGUGGACACCAUCGACCAUGACUACAGUCGCGACGGCCUGCCGGAGAAGGUACACCAGAUGCUGGAGCGCUGGAGGAUGAAGGUGGGCAGCAUCGGCUGUACCGUGGGCACACUGUGCAAAGCUCUGGAGGGCCACAUCAAAAUAAGUCUCAUCCAGAGACUUCUGGACACCUGCCAAAGCAGUUCCUCCUAGACUCGGUAAAUCUGCCCUCAUUUAGGAUUUGUCACACCCCUGCUUUCGUUGAAGCAUUAAGACUGCAAUAACUUUCGUGUUUGAAUUGCUACUGUUGCGUUAAAACAGUUUAUUUCAGAUUGAGAUGCGAAAGUUAUUUUUUUACACAUAUUUCCAGAUUUUGUGGCCUUUAUUUGCACCAGAGAGGAGCAGAGGUGAGCAUGGUUGUUUGGACAUUGAGCGGUAAUUCAAAGGCUUAGGAUUUCAGAAUGGUGGGGGUAUUUUAUCUAAGAAAUAUUUGGGCAAUGAAAUGCAUCCAAAACGUCUGUGAGAUGUCAGAAAUGUGUAAUUUUUUUUUUUUUUUUUUUUUUAAGAAAUAAGUGAAUUCACACUCCAAAAGCCUUCAUUGGGAUGUGUUGUGUAAAAAUGUGCAGGAGCCCUCAUGGUUGUUGUACUAGCUGGAUAAUGUACCACACUGGUGCGGAAUCAUGUCAGCCAGGCAACACAACUACACAUGGAUGUAGUUUAACAGACCUCGGCCUGUUGUGCAUUAUUGCUAAAACAGUGCGGUCUAAAUGACGGCGCAGGACUCAAACGUCCCAUGAAAUGAAAAAUGCAUUAACAUUUUGGUAACUCUCGUCUGCGCUUACUGUGUUCUAGAGAUUCACAAAAAAACAGUUUUAUUUUUGUGUUGGUAAGAAUAAUGUUUUUCUCUUCUGAAAAAUAAAAAUGAUAUUUUACUUAUGUAGUCCUGCACUUGUCCAGUCCUCCAUUGUCCAGUGAGCGAGAUGGAGGGAAGACAAGUGGUCCUCUACCGCCAGACUGAAACUGGCCAAUAGCAAUGUCAAUGUCCACAGGUUUUCAAAAAUGCCGGGCUAUGAUUGGCUGUUGGUCAAAACGAACUCACACCCCUCAUGAAAUCCCACCCAAUCGCUCCACUCGGUUCAGCUGUGCGUCAAAUCGUUGGAGGUUUGGUCUCAUGGGACCUGUAGGAGCCAGGUAGCGCUGGCUUGUAUAAAUAGGAACCAAUCUUUGUCAUGGUAGGGCUUCCGCCCGGAAGGUUGACAGUUUUUGACUUGUGUUAUAGAGGCUAAGCUGACGCUCGGCUCCCCGUUGGGGAGUUGAACCCCGCUCUCCUGCGUGACAGGCGGGGAUCCUGACCACCUGGCAAGUAAGUCUCAGACUUUGAUUCAUCAGACACGGUAACAUGUGGGUCAGUUACGCUGUUUGUGGUGCAGCACCUCGGUGGCUUAAAGCGUCGGCUUAGCCUCAGUAGGACCUUUUAGCCAUAGUUUUGUACUGGCCUGUGCUUAUUACUGCUGUUGUUCCUCCGUUUGGAGACGUUUCAUAUUCUGCACACCGUGGACGAUUACUGGUGGAGGUGUUUCCUCCUCCGUCCACAUCUGUGAAGUAGGCUACGAUGUCCCAAAGGGGAACUACUGCUCACUGUUGCCUUUUAUUUUGCCUUUUCUUAAGAGAAAUACAGUCGCAGUUAUUUUUGGGAUCGCUGAAUUCUGAGUUGUGUCACCUCACACACA